UUUUCUUCCCAUCCUAUUCCAUGCUACCCCGCGGCCGCGCGAGUUGGAGUGGUAAAGGAUGCAAUAGGGAAGUUUCAACCCCAAAGUACACUGACACCUCGUCCUGAAACUUGACGAGAUAAGCGAUCAUGGGACAUUUCUGCGAGAAACCAGCUUACUCAAACUUGGUCAUCCUCAAACCUCGAGUAGAUGUGAUUAACGAAAAGAAAAACAACCGAAGUAAAUGUUUAGUGACAAUCAUAAAAGUGCAUCCUUGACCGCAAGACAAAGACAGGCAUGAGAACCACAGUGCCGACCAAGCGGGUCUUUUUGAUCGCUGUCGUCCUCCUCUUUGGUGUUCUCAUUCCGAGUGCUCCUGCCAGACGAGUGCAUCGAUGCUUUCUGGCCAGAAAAUUGCGGCAGGCCGGCUUUGAUCGAACCAAGAUUUUACAGUUUUUAUGCAUCGCAAAAAUGGUGAGCAAGUUUAACAUGACACUCUCCGUCAAGCGAGAGGGAGGCCAGCGAACGGUUGGCAUAUUCCAGCUGACAAGCUACUUUUCCUGCUAUGACAAGUAUGUUCCAGGGAAACGAAACGGUCGCUGUCACGAACUAUGCGACGCCUUCCUGGAUGAGUACCUUGAAGAUGACAUUCGUUGCGCAUCCAUGAUACUGCGCCAAUGGGGCUUCAAGUAUUGGACUGGUUGGGAGAGAAAGUGUCUUUAUGCAAAAGUAUCGCCACUUCUUGACGGCUGCGACUACGAAAACUGAGCACAACAAAGGAAUCAAGCGAUUGCUAUGUAUUCGUCGAAGCAA